AUGGCAAAUCGUGCUGCAGCCGCCCGACGUUUACCCGAGACUGAUUCCACCAUUUCAUACGUCCAAACAGAUGGAUUGGCUGUUAUGAAAAUCGUUAAGCACUGCCAUGAAGAGGCGACUACGAACAUGGACAUUGCGCAAGGGGCUUUACUGGGGCUAGUCGUCGACAACUGCCUGGAAAUAACGAACUGUUUCCCCUUUCCGAAGCAAACUGACGAAAACAUGGACGAAGAUGAGUACCAAUUGGCCAUGAUGCGAAGGCUUCGCAGAGUCAACGUCGAUCAUUUUCACGUCGGCUGGUAUCAAAGCGCCGACGUCGGCAACUUUCUGAGUCUUCCUCUGUUGGAAUCCCAGUUCCACUACCAGACAUCGAUAGAGGAAUCGGUAGUCGUAAUUUACGACACACACAAGUCCUCGAGGGGCUUCAUUACUCUCAAGGCCUACCGGCUGACUCCACAGGCCAUUGAAAUGUGCAAAGAAGGCGAAUCGACACCGGAGGCUCUUCUGAAAUUGAAAGUCGGAUUCGAAAACUUGUUUGUCGAAGUGCCGUUCUUAAUAAAAAACUCCCUUUUAUCGAACAUAAUGAUGUCGGAACUGGCUGAGCUGGUGCCGGAGGAAGAGGGCUCCAAAUUCUUAGAUUUAGGCACCGCCUCUGUUCUGGAGGGCCAGUUGCGUUGCCUUAUGGAUAGGGUCGAUGAAUUAAAUCAAGAAGCUAUUAAAUUCAAUAGAUACCAACAGCUAGUUAGCAGACAACAGCAAGAUAAGCACCGGUAUGUGCAGAAGAGAGCGCAAGAAAACGCUGCCAGAGCUGCUAAAGAUGAGCCUCCACUGCCUGAAGAAGAUAUUAAUAAAUUGUUCAGACCUCACCCGGUGCCACCGAGGUUAAAUCCUAUGAUCAUUGCUGGACAGGUUAACACGUACAGUCAGGCCAUUUCUCAGUUCUGUUCUCAGUCGUUGGCUAAACUGUACAUAACCCAAGCUCUUCAGAAUGCUAAAGAAGCUAACUCUAAUUUGUAA